GCGUUGACCGCGUACGAGUACCUGAUCACCCUCGACCAAGAGGUCAACUUGUUCUGGAGGCGCAGGAUCACUGGUGCAACCCUGCUCUUCCUCGCGACACGUUACCUGGCACUCCUGGCCGGGCCCAUCCUCGGAGCGGCAACAUUUGCACUCCUUCCAGAUCAUCACCAUUACCUAUGCGUGUCGCGUUUGAGUUGUGUGGUGCUCGGGUAUGUACAGUUCGUACCGAGUGUUAUGCAGUCUCUCGUCUGGGCCGGAUUCUCCGGCCUGCGCAUACUCGCGCUGAGCGGCAUGAACUGGGCGUUGGCGUCCGCCGUCUUCGUCUUGGCUGUCUGCCCAUUUGGUGUGAACAUGGUGUGCUCACCCUUACAUUCGAGUCCCCGGUGGCUGAUAUUCAAUCUCUCGCUCUAG